AGCCGUUGCUGUGGACGGAUUGACGGGGACGUGAGCGACUAUUGAGGGCGGCAAGGGUGCCAGUGAGUCCCUUCCCCCAUCUGCUCGUUGUGCGGGCUGAGCUUCAAUGGAGGACAACAUGACGGGACACAACAAGGAGAAGCGUUAUGAGUGCGACGUGUGUGGCAAGGCCUGGCGGUGCCCGAGCGAGCUGGAGAUCCACUGGCGGGUGCACACGGGAGAACGCCCCUUCAACUGCUCGGAGUGCGGCAAGAGUUUCGCCAGCUACAACAAACUGCAGCGGCACAACCUCGUGCACUCCGUCGAGAGGCCCUCCACCUGCUCUGCAUGCGGCAAGAGCUUCAAGACGGCGAAUCACCUGAAGAGACACUGGCGGGUGCACACGGGCGAGAAGCCCUAUUGCUGUUCCACAUGCGGCAAGAACUUUGCCCAGUUGUCGGGGCUGCGGGAUCACUGCCGGGUGCACAGCAGCGAGCGGCCCUUCACCUGCUCCAACUGCGGCAAAUGCUUCAAGUCGUCGCCAGAGCUUAAGCAGCACAGGCGCCUGCACACUGGCGAACGACCCUACACCUGCAACGACUGCGGCAAGGGCUUCACCCAGUCCAGCAACCUGGUGGUGCACCAGCGCACCCACACCGGCGAGCGCCCCUACACCUGCGCUCACUGCGGCAAGGGCUUCACCCAGUCCGUCAGCCUGCUGGUGCACCAGCGCACCCACACCGGCGAGCGUCCCUACACCUGCGCCCAGUGUGGCAAGGGCUUCACCGCCUCCAGCAACCUGCUGGUGCACCAGCGCAACCACACUAGCGAGCGCCCCUGCACCUGCGCUCAAUGCGGCAAGGGCUUCACCCACUCCUGCAACCUGCUGUUGCACCAGCGCGCCCGCACAGGCGAGCGCCCCUUCACCUGCGCCCAGUGCGGAAAGGGCUUCACCAGUUCCACCUAUCUGCUGUCCCACCAGCGGCUGCACGCCUGCGACCAUCCGGUCCCAGGCCGGUGAGUGGAGAGCGCUUUG